AUGGAGGUGGUAGGCAGUGUAGAAGACCUCCUCACUGAAAUUCUUUUGCGCGUACCAGCUAGACCUCUGGUCCGAUUCAAGUGUGUCUCCAAACAUUGGCUCUCUCUUAUCUCCGACCCCAAAUUCUGUCAUCGCCACACCCUCCAAAACCCCCGCUCCUCUGUCUCCGCUGUCUUUCCGGAACAAAAAAUUAUGUCACCCAGAUCCACUGCCUUAUCUUUCAUCCCUCUUGACAAUCUUGAUCAGGACCCUAGAAGUAACCAUGCAAACCAAAAUCUAUUUGGUUCAUCACCCAACUGCAAUAAUCCUCUUAACUUGGUUCAUAACUUGCCUGAGUCCAUCCAGAUUAUCCAGUCCUGUAAUGGCCUCUUCUUAUGUCGUUGUCCCUUCGAAACAACAAGUGAACUUCGUCCAUACUAUGUUCUUAAUCCCACUACCAACCAGUUUUCCAGACUUAUUCCUCCAGCUGCUGCAUCUGGUCAAUCAUGUGUCAUGUUCUAUCAGGCUUUGGCUUUUGAACCAUCCAGAUCACCUCAUUACAAGCUGCUAGUGUUUUGGUUUGCCGGCCACGAUCCGUCAGAGUUUAACCUAGACAUAUAUUCGUCUGAGACUAAAAGUUGGAGACUUGUCGAUUACAGUGAUGCAGAUCCUUGUAACGAUUUUUUUAGUCUAAAUCCUUAUUACGAAUACAAUGGAGGCGUAUACUGCAAUAGGGCAGUUCAUUGGGUAGGGUUGCAUAAUCGGCUCUCGUACUAUCACUUAGAUGAUGAGCGUGUCAGACAUGUUGAUAAGCCUGAGGGGCAUUCUGGACGGUCUGAGUUCAAAUUGCUUCAGGAGUCUCAUUGUGGCAGCCAUUUGCAUCUCAUUGAUAUCUAUUCUUCACGUAUCAUAGUGUGGGAGAUGAAGAGUGACUACUCUGGUUGGUGUCUUAAGUACCGUAUUUUUGAUCUUAAUCGCAUUUUAACCACCUUCUGGCCGCGCGAUGAGAAGACAUAUACUGUUCUCUUUCUUACUCAAGAGGAAACUGAAGGAGAUGAAAGUUCAUCAUUGUUGAUACAUGUUCCUGGCCAAGUCAUCUCGUAUAAUCUCAAAAGCAAGAACUCCAAAUCUUUUCAACUAACACCCAGGCAAGGUAUCGAUGAUCGAAAACUACGUGUUACAGCAAGGAAUUUUCGAUAUAUGGAGACUCUGGCUUGUGUGUGA